AUGUAUACCAAGACAUUUAAGAAUACGUUACUUGUAGAUGUUCUUGAAUACUUUGGGCUGACUACGGCGAAUGAACAGUUUGAGGAGCAAAGCCCUCAAAAUUCAAUGAACGCUACCCGUAAUGAAGCUUUUGACAUUGAGUCAAAGGCUGGUGACAUUCCAGAAGGUAAUUCGGAGGAAUCUGAUGCCGAAAAGGAUCCUUUUUUGAUAGACUGGGUCGAUCCUGAUGAUCCUGACAACCCUAUGAACUGGAGUAAGGGAAAAAAAGCUUUCGUUGUUAUUCAGAUAAUGAUUUUAACUUGUGUUACAUAUAUGGGAGCAUCAAUAUACACACCUGGGCAAGAUGCUAUCCAAGAAGAAUUUGGUGUAGGGCACGUCGUCGGCACUCUCAAUUUGUCGAUGUAUGUGUUGGGGUAUGGCUUGGGCCCAAUGAUUUUUUCUCCUCUUUCAGAAGUUGCAUCAAUUGGCCGGCAGCAUAUUUAUAUCGUGACUCUAUUGUUGUUCACUGUGUUCCAAGUGGGAUGUGCGACCGUGCAUAAUAUCGGUGGGCUAGUAGUUCUACGUUUUAUUAGCGGAGUUUUGUGCUCACCAUCUUUGGCUACCGGAGCUGGCAGCAUCGGUGAUAUCAUUAAUCCCGAAAUUGUUCCUGUUUUCAUUGGGCUAUGGGCAAUUGGAGCUGUUGCCGCACCUGUUCUUGCUCCCCUUCUUGGGGCUGCAAUGGUAGUGGCCAAAGGAUGGAGAUUUAUCUUUUGGCUACUAAUGUGGCUCAGUGCGGCGACUUUAAUUCUCUUAGCUGCCUUCUUCCCAGAAACACAACAUGCGAAUAUCCUGCAUCGUCGUGCCAAUAGAAUUCGCAAAGAAACUGGAGAUGACCGUUUUUAUACAAAACAGGAAAAAGUCGAAGCCGAAAUCCAUAUAAAAGACUCCAUCUUGGACACCCUAUACAGACCAUUUGCAAUCAUGAUUAUGGAACCUGCAGUUCUCGCGUUCAAUAUUUACAUCGCUCUUUGUUAUGGUGCCUUUUAUUUGUUUUUUGAGGCCUUCCCCAUUGUUUUCAUUGGAAUUUACAACUUCACUCUCGUUGAAAUGGGGUUGGCAUACAUGGGAUUUUGUGUCGGAUGUGUUAUUGCGUACAUGGUUCAGCUAAUAUUCCUUGCAAAAGUCAUCGGUCCAAAAUUCAUGAAUAACACAUUUAAACCAGAAGAUUUCUUACUUCUUGCUAUGGGAGUUUGUUGGGCACUGCCGCUUUCUUUGUUUCUCUUUGGAUGGACAGCCGGGGUACACUGGAUUCUACCAAUUAUCGCACAGAUAUUCUUUGUCUUAAAUGUCUUCAAUCUUUUCCAAUCUUCCUUUGCCUAUUUAGCAAUAUGUUAUCCACGCUACUUGGCAUCUGUUUUUGCUUCCAAUGCAUUUUGCCGGUCAGUCUUUGCUUGUGCGUUUCCAUUAUUUGGACAAGCAAUGUAUAAUAAUCUCGGAAGUGAAGCAUAUCCUGUCGGUUGGGGUUCUUCGUUGGUGGGUUUUUUUUGCAUUGCUCUUGCAAGCAUACCAUUCAUUUUCUAUAGAGUUGGGCCAUAUCUAAGAGGAAAGUCGGAGUACGCUAAUUAG